CCCACCCAAGCUUGUGGAGAUCCAUGCCACAACUCAUCAUCGAUGGUGCCUAACAAGGACAAGAUCUCCUUGUGAUCAGUGAUGCGAUUGCUUAGUCUAAUUAAUGGCUGGCGUCAACCAUUGGCAAAACCUACAAGAUCUUAUUUAUGGAUUCCAUGGAGAUAUGAACAUCAAUUAGCGGACUUUUUCUCCUGUCGUUCUUCUACAUUUGUGACGAUGGUGUUUCUCAUGCAAGUUGAGAACAGCUCGUGACUUGUAUGGAUCAGACAGAACAAGAAACGAGGCCCGCUUGGCAAAUUAACACCCGCAUACCAUCUUGUCAUGAUCGGAAUUGUUUCUCGUAGGUAACAACCAUAAAUGCCUUCACUCUGUAUUCAUUCAAGCAUCAUUUCCUCCUUGGGGAUUUCUUGUUACUGUGUUCUUCUUCUCUAGUUCUUUAGCACAAGCAUCAGUCCCUUGGCAUCUUAUCGGAGAUUGCGACGGCGGCACACGCUUCUACUGCAGAUAUGAUUGGAGGGGGCAACUUCCAUCGCUCGUUCAUCCACACUCUAGUGCACCAUCUUCUUCUCUAUAUAACUCCCCCAAAUCGCCUACUCCCUACAAUUCCAGCUCUGGUGGAUUGCCCGCACCCACAAAGCUCCUGUAGCAUUCAGGUAUAUGGAUAAGAUGGGACUAAGAGACAUAGAGUCCACACUGCCGCCAGGGUUCAGAUUCUACCCGAGUGAUGAGGAGCUGGUCUGCCACUAUCUCCACAAGAAGGUGAGCAACGAGAGAACCUGCGAGGGGACGAUGGUGGAGGUGGAUUUGCACACUCGAGAGCCAUGGGAGCUUCCAGAUGUGGCUAAAUUGAGUGCCAACGAGUGGUACUUCUUCAGCUUCCGCGACCGCAAGUACGCCACCGGAUCUCGCGCGAACCGAGCAACCAGAUCUGGUUACUGGAAAGCAACGGGGAAGGAUAGAACGAUCAGUGAUCCGACGACACAUGCGACGGUGGGGAUGAGGAAGACAUUGGUGUUCUACAGAGGUAGAGCUCCCAGUGGAGCGAAGACCGACUGGGUCAUGCACGAGUUCAGACUGGAGACCCCUCAUUCACCCCCCAAGGAGGACUGGGUUCUGUGUCGGGUUUUCCACAAGAAGAAAGGGGAGACGGAGAAUGAGAACACUGCUUCUUCUUCUCCCGCUCUGAGGUCAUCUCCUUCUUCUCUAGUGGACCAGCCCAUGCCAGAUUUCCGGCAUGAACGGUUGAGUUCAUCAUCUUUCUCCAUUCUCCCACAGCAAGAACCGGAGAGCAGCUCAGACCCCUUCCUGAACAUGGCGCUGAUGCAGGGCAGCUUUCUUGGGUUCUCACCGGAGAUGGGAAGCACGGCAAUGAUGGGGACGAGCUUAAUGUGUGAGGAUGAGCUUGGAUGUCCGCUGGAUUUGGGAUUUGAGAAUGGCUUUGGGGAGGGCGAGAUGGCAAGAUAUGAGCUGCCAAAGUGGCAAGCUUAGAUGCUAUAAGAGCAGCAUGCUUCCAACAGGACAACAUAUAUAAAUGUAGACUUGGAUUCGAAGAGGGUGAACGAACAUGUAUAGAUGCUACAAGAUUGGAUGAUGACUAUAGUACAAUGUAUUUAUUACCUAGUAAUUAUAAAUAUGCAUAAUAUAUAUAUAUAUACCAUUUUUUUUACUCUGUAAAAGCUUGAAGAAAAUUGGGAGUUUCAUUUCUUAUCCUCAUGUCGAUGAUUAUAAGGAUUGGAUUUUUGUUCUCUCUCUUAAUGAAAUGUUAAGCUUUGGUUCUCUUGA